GCUGCAGGAAGCAAUAAGAAGACAGAGGGAAGGAAGCAGGACGGGACGAGGGCUGAGGUCUUCACAAGCAGAAGGACUUGCCGUCAGAGUUUCCUCCGAGAGCUGCUCGACUUCCUCGCACUUGUCGGUCCAAAACACGCGGCUGUUUUUGCUGUUUUUCCUCCCUGCGUGGAACGCUGUCCAGGAUCGCCCCACUACAACACGAGGACGCGGGAUCGCGACAGGAAGAGUGAGGAAAAUGAAAGCUGCGGUGGACUGGUGCCUGUUGCUGCUGCCGCUGCUGCUCCGUCCCGGGGUGCUCUCCUUGUCCACGCAUGUUGCCAUUAUCUACCCACAAGACCCAGUCCUGCGUAUGGGGUCGAACCUGACUGCCAGCUGCUGGGUGCAUCCGGAGCAUGGGGUCCAUGCCAGCGCCCUCUUCUGGACACUGAACGGGCAGCAGCUUUCUGGUUCCUUAUACCGGGUUCUGAGUCCAACCAACAUGAGCGUGACACUGGUGGGACUCAACGCCUCUCGGCAGAAGUCAGGGGACAACCUGAUGUGUCACAAUCACAAGGGCCACAUCCUGGCUGGCUCAUGCCUCUACGUUGGAAUGCCGCCGGAGAAGCCGGUCAAUCUGACCUGCUGGUCCAGGAACACCAAAGACCUAACAUGCAGCUGGAGGCCAGGAGGAAGAGGAGAGACCAACAUCAGCACAAAGUAUACUCUGAAGUACAAACUCAGAUGGUACGGCAAAGAGAAGGAGUGCGAGGUGUACACUCACACGCAGCCGUACUCCUGCAGCAUCACCAGAGACCUGCACCUCUUCACACCCUAUGAGAUCUGGGUGGAGGCCUCCAAUCAGCUGGGCUGGGCCACCUCUGAUGUCAUCACUCUGGACAUCCUAGACGUGGUGACCACUGACCCCCCCGCCGGUGUCACCGUGAGCCGCGUGGGUCAGUUGGAGGACCAGCUGAGCGUCCGCUGGGAGGCUCCUCCAGCCCUCAAAGACUACCUGUUCCAGGCCAAGUACCAGAUCCGCUACAGACUGGAGGACAGCCAGGACUGGAAGGUGAUGGACGACGUCGGGAACCAGACCUCGUGCAGGCUGGCGGGCCUGAGGCCGGGGACCGUGUAUUUCGUGCAGGUCCGCUGUAAUCCUGUCGGCAUCUUCGGCUCUAGGAAGGCUGGAAUCUGGAGCGAGUGGAGCCAUCCCAUGGCUGCGUCGACGCCACACAGUGAGCGGCUGAUGACCGGCUCCUGUGACUCCAAGUCCAGCGGCGACUCCAACUCCACGCUGCGCCGGGAGCUGAAGCAGUUCUUCGGCUGGGUCCGGAAACACGCCUACGGCUGCAGCAGCAUGUCCAUGAAGCUGUACGACCAGUGGAGGGUGCUGAUGCAGAAAUCCCAUAAAGCUCGCAACCAGGUAGGUUCUCGAAGGGGAUAAGUCCUAGCACCUGCUGCCGUGUGGGUGGAUCCGUAGAGACUAUUGAACACAGAUUGUGGGGACUCAUGAGCACAGACUUUCUGAACGAAAAGACUUGUUGGACUCACACGGACUUCUCUGCUCAUCGACCUGGUGCUGCACACAACUGCUAAAAGGAGUGUUGAAGAGCCUGCCUGUGUCUGCGCUGGACUCCAACACCAUCUAGAGGCCACUCAGCAUCAGUGGACGCUUCAGCUCUUCUUCGCUCACGCUCCGGUCUUCAAACAACUCACUUCAACUUCAGUGUUUUUAUCCAAAAGCCGACCCGGUUCUGUCCAAAAGCAAGUGACUGAUUGGUGUGAGGAGGCGCGCCACCGCUUUUAUUUUUGUACUGUAUUGUAACAACAUAUUUAAAAAUGUUUAUGUUUGUCUCUUAAGUUAUGUUAAGUUAGUAAAGAUAUAUGAAUGACUGACGCUCCUCACAUGCCAUUCUUUUUGUUGGUGUUCCACGAAUGAUACCUAAAUAUCCAUAGUUGUGAAAUGAGACGGUUUUUCUUCUAGGUUUAUUUAUUCACUUGACAGAGUGACUCGCCGUGGUGGGAGAGAGGGAAAAUAGGUCCAAACGCUGGGAGGAUAUCAACAAGUGUAAUUAUUCCUCUUCG